AUGUAUGAAAAGUCUCCUGUACUCCAACUGGGUCCAUCUGGCCUAGUCACCCGCAAGCGGCCCCUGCUUCAGACUGCCAUGCCACCUGUGACAGACAAAGCCAGCACUGUCCCACUGCCUGGCACAACCACCCAGUGCCUACGGGUAACAAUGACAAGCAACACACAAAAAUCUGAUGAAAAUAGAAGUAAGCGUAAAAAAGAGAUGGAGGUGAGCACUACAGAGAAUCCUCAGUUGUCCUCCACGGACAAAACAGACGUGUCUUUUUCUGAGGGCUUACAGUCCCUCUACAAACCUGAACCACUGGAAGAGGUUUUAAAUGAGAUGAACAAAGAAAUUAAGAACUUGUUAUCAAAAUAUGCCCACAUUUUAAGUGAGAGAGCAGCAAUGGAUGCUUCUUAUGUCCAAGAACUUGACGGAAUCUUGAAAGAAGCAAGGACCCUAGAAAACCACUUAAAACAGAAAAGGGAGAGUCUGAAACAGAGAUUCACUGUGAUUGCAAAUACUCUGCAAAGCUGA